AUGUUUGGUAAUGUGUUUAUGUUACUCAUUUUCUAUCUCUAUCCAUCAUUAGCAAAAGUCGACUUGAGACAAUCCGCCUCUAAUAAAGCUUUCAUAGACAGUUUGACUGUUGGCGAAUAUGAAAUCGUCCAUCCUUUUCAAAUCCGAGAUAAAAAUGAAAGGAUGGGAAUAGACACUAGAAAUUAUUUUUUAAAAGCUGCUGAGCACCAUCAGCAUGUAACGAUAGUUAUCAGAAGUACAGCAAUGGGUCGCUUAAAACUAGUGCUCGAGAGAAAUAAUAAUAUAUUUUUAAAUCAGACAACUUUCAGAAAGUUGGACAGCAACGGAGAGCACGGUUUGAGUAGCCGCGUUGAAAAUUGUUAUUAUCAAGGUAGUAUUGCUGGCGAUGCCAACUCGUUUGUCGCUCUCUCUUCCUGUAACGGUUUGAGAGGCGUCCUUGCCUAUUCAAACGGCUCUGCGUAUGGUAUCUGGCCAUUAGAUGGCGGCGACAGAGGAAGGCGACAUCCUCAUAUUCUCUAUAAAACGCAAUGGGCAAAAGAAGCCAAGUGCGGGAUAGCUCUGGCAGGAGCGGCUCAAACAGCUCAUCUACGGACCGUCCGACAACACAAGCUUCGACAUUCAAGGGAUGCUUCCAGACAAACGAAAUAUGUUGAAAUAGCUCUCAUCGGAGACUAUGAAUUCACGAAAAAUCAUGGAGCUGUCGAAGAGGAAGCCUUGACGUAUAUGUUGGAAAGCGUGAACAUUGCUGAUUUGAUGUUAUCUCGAGAUCUGAAUAUUAGACUGUCUGUCAUUUAUUCUGAAAUGUGGAUGGAUGUUCAACGUAUUGAUCUGCUCGAAGAUAUCGAAAGAACAAUGGCAGGAGUUUUAGAAUAUGCGACAGGCCAUAUAUAUCACAUAGAAAGGGACGCAACAAUUUUCUUCACUGGGGGAUCUUUCUCUAAUCAUGAUUCAGCGAACUCAGUUUUCAAGGGUAUCUGCACUAAGAGAUCCGCUGCAAUUAUUAAGGGACCAGACAAUAAUGCUGCCCAAUGGACAGGUCAACUGCUUGCCCAAAGCGUUGGUCAUUUAAUGGGGUUAGAACAUGAUACCGCAAGCUGCCAAUGUGAGAUGGAAAAUAAUUGUGUUAUGUCAUCAACUCCUGGAGUUCCUGGCUCACCUUUUGCCUGGCAGUUCUCCAAAUGCUCAGUUGCCCGCAUGCAUGGGGUUUGGUCGACAGGUCAAGUUCAUUGCCUAUUGAACCGUCCUUUCCAAGUUAAUCAGCUCCGCGAAUGUGGUAAUGGUGUUGUUGAUGGCUCUGAAGAGUGUGAUUGUGGUUCUCGCGAACAAUGCACAGACCCUUGCUGUGAUCCUCUAACGUGCACAUUAAGAGCUCAUGCCCAGUGUGCUGCUCAUCAUUCAUGUUGUCAUCGUUGUGAACUACGAAAACAAGGAGAAGUUUGUCGUAGUUCUAAGUCUUCCUGUGAUGUAGCUGAAGUUUGUGAUGGAAAGACAGGAGACUGUCCAGCAGACGGGCAUUUAGUGGAUGGUACAACAUGUGGAGAAGAUGGUCAAUGUUGGCGAGGAAACUGCUCAGAUCCUCAAGCACAGUGUAAAAACCUUUGGGGAAGAGACUCUCAUGUAGCUGACCUUACUUGCUUUGAACAAAACUCUAAAGGGUAUGAAUACGCUAAUUGCGGAAGCGGCCCUGACGGGAUAAAAGCUUGUCAAGUAGAAGAUGCCAGAUGUGGUACGUUACAUUGUGAGGGUGGUUCUGCAUCACCAAUGAUUGGUUCACUCAAAGCAUUUACUUUCCAAUUUUCACAAAAUGCCAAACAGAUUCAAUGUAAAUCUGUCGCUGAUGCUCCUCUAGCCCUAUCAGCCGACGGGUCCUCCUGUGGCUCAGGUCGCGUAUGUGUUGCAGGCUCUUGUGUUGAAAUGACUUCGGUUUCUGCUCCUGUUGCUUGCCCAUCGAACAAUCACGCACUUCAAUGUUCAGGACAUGGAGAUUGCACGACGACAGCGUUAUGUGUAUGUUUCGCUGGUUGGAGUGGGGAGGCUUGUGAUAUACGAAGUAACAGUACUUUGAGACAUCGACAGGAUAAGAAACAAGUUGUGGUUAUUCCUUCGAUCGCUAUGGGAAAAAGCUUAGACACUGCGUCCUUGUUGGGUCUUCUACUUCUGGUUGGAGUCUUUAUGCUUAUGCUACUGGUCUGCCUUCUUUUCUGUUAUCGCCGCCAGUCAACUAUUGAAAUACCAACUUCUUCUGAUGAAAAACUAGAUGAGUCACUUCCUGACCAAACUCAAAGAUCAAUCAAAUUUGGGAAUAUGCCCAGCUAUAGGGAAGAAAAGCGGAAAUACAAAAGUAAUAAGCAUAUCUUCGGAGCUUUGAAUAGGAUCACCGAGGCUGAGGAGAGAGAUAAUGCCAGUCUCCGUUCUCGAGAUAGCGAAGUUCAUAGCAUAGCCAGCCAAUCUCUGUUUGAACCUCGUACUAUUCCUUCGAGUCGUUCGGAUGUUGGAGUCUGUAGUGAAAGAGGACAUGAUCAUAUUUACGCCGAUUCUGUAGCAGGAAUGGGUUAUCGAAAUACACAUAUGUCUCCUAUGCGAAGAAGACCUACUGAUGGCUACGGUACCGAUUCUGAGACUUAUGGUCUGAGAUCUUUCGGAUCUUGGCGAGAACAAACUCACAUAACACCGGAAGCUAGUCCUAGGCACCAUGUGCCCAGUCCGUUCCGUUUAAAACUCAAUAAUUACGACCAAAUGAUCAAAAAGGUUAUAUGCGACGAUGAUGAAAACGUAACAACUUUCACACAUCCGGAACCAAUGUCUUUCAAUAAUGAUCGAUCUUAUGUUACAAAGUUCCGUGAUCAUGAGGAAGAGCUCUCAGCUCAUGGAACCGAAACAGAUCAAGAUCUCGGUUCAAAUACUGAAUCAACUCGAGGUUACGACAUCGAUGCGAAUGGAAAAUCAUCGCAUGACAACAGUAUGUCGUCUCCGGAUCAAACAAAGUUUGAUUUUCGCCAAAGCCCAUCACUAUUUAGUGAUCCAUUCAAGUUAGAAAUGACAACUUCUAUACACACAUAG